AUGGGGCGAAACUCCGGGACGAACGCGCAGGGCAAUCACUACAACACCCCCGGCGGGACGAACACCGGCUCGGGGUCGUCCUAUCACUACUCGAACAGGGACGGGUCGUACUACUACGCCAACGAUAAUGGAUCGACGUAUUAUAACUCUGGAUCGGGAUACGCGUCGUACACGCCGCCGAGCGGUGGAUCGAGCGGCGGAUCGAGCGGCGCGGCGAAGGGGCGAUGA